AUUGGCAAGUAACUAUAUUAAUCCGAAGUUUGAUUGUAAGAUAAAUAUACCGACGUAAAUCCUCUGAUCAAGAGAUCCAAUUGAGGUGGUGUUAGCAGCAAGUCCUCGAGUGAAGUAAGCAUCAGUGGCACAACAGCAAACCACCAUCAGUCGUCACCACCACCAACAUCAAAUUAGGGUUUCUCCGAUUUCCCAAAUUUUCAAAUUAGGGUUUCUACUCGCCAUGGCAGAUGGCUACUGGAACCGCCAGCAGUCUCUUCUCCCCCAUUCCGGCCUGCACAAACGUCCCCGCCCUGACUACGAAAUGCCAGCUUCUGGUCUUCCUUCAGGCAAUGAGAUGCAUUAUCUUUCUCGUGAAGAGGACCGUUCUGGUCACCCAAUGGUCAAGGACUCAAAAACAAUUGGAUCUGCGUAUGAUCGCUACCUUCAGGGGCAAGUUCCUUCAUUUACUUCUGGGGAAGCCAGUACAGUUGGUGCUCUUGGAUUGCAAAGAGGUAUUGGUGGAUUACCGAACCAUUCACUAAGCGAUCCUUCUGCCAUGAUAGGGCGUCAUGGGGGUGGUGGUCCUGAUCUUGCACCAAAUGGACGGGGUAUGAAUUAUGGUUUUCAACCACCGAUGGAUCCAGUUUCCAGGCAUGGACCUGAGCCAGCACUUCUACCCCCAGAUGCUUCACCAACUCUAUAUAUUGAAGGUCUGCCUUCUGAUUGUACAAGAAGAGAAGUGGCUCACAUUUUCCGUCCGUUUGUUGGAUAUAGAGAAGUGAGACUUGUUAGCAAAGAAGCUAAACAUCGUGGAGAUCCUCUGAUCCUUUGUUUUGUGGACUUUGCAAAUCCAGCUUGUGCAGCCACUGCUUUGAGUGCCUUGCAAGGCUAUAAAGUCGAUGAAAUCAAUCCCGAGUCUAGUCAUUUGCGGCUUCAGUUUUCUCGAUAUCCAGGUCCAAGAAGUGGAGGUGGUCCAAGAAGUAGUGGACCUCCCAGAGGUGGACAUGGAUCUCGUGGUAGGAGGUGACUCACAUAGCCCAGUUAGGAUUUACGCUCAUAGGAAACGUGGAUGGUCCGUUUUAUGGGCUUGAAUGUUCGCUGGUCAUUUUACUACACAAACGCUUAAUUUUAUUUUACUUAUGGCUACAUUCCUUGUUUAGAGCCCUUGAGAUGCACAAAUUAUUACCAGGCAGAGAUCAAAUAGCAAUUUCGUUUUAGCAAAACUAGCAAAAUGGAGAUUUUUGGUUGUGUAUUAUUAUUAUUUGCUAAAUUGAGUAUGAUCCUGAAGUUUAAUUUAUGUUAGAGUUUACUUUGUGCUGACCAA